GCGAUAUUGGCGAGUGUUAAGAUGGCUGCCGUGUGGCAGCCUCCAAACCGGUGUGUAGAGCUGGUGGGUGGGCUGCGUUCGGGCGGGUCUCCAGUGUGACGGAUCCGGGGCAGCCGGGUGCGGGAAACUGGGAAGCGGGCACAGGCGGGCUGACAGCAUCUCGGGAGAUCCGGGAAGCUCGAGCCUGGGCCGACGGGAGGUCGGCGGGGCGUCUCUGUGCCUUCCGCGACGGGACCCUUCCGGGGCGGGCGCUGCCCCGGGACCCUCACGCUUCUGGGCGGUGCAGCCGGGAGGAAGAAGCGGAGCCCGCUGGAACCUUCCUCUUGCAGACUUGAACCCUAAGAAAAGAUGUGGAGUGGGCUGCUACCUCCUGGCCUAAACGAAAGUGACGUUGAGUCAAAUUCUGAAGAUGAAGCCCCAUUAGAGAACUCUGCACUGAACGUACAAGAAGAGACAGAAGAUGGGGCCGUUAGAAGAACAGAAAUCUCAGAGGAACCAGACACUGAAGCAGAGGCAAAUGUGAAUGCGUAUGAAGAGUGUCCUUCUGGAAUCCCCUUAGAUAUGUGGGAGAAAUUUCAGGAAUUACACAAAAAGCACUCUGAGCAGAAAACUUCAGCUUCAAGAUUCAGAGGGAAAAAAAGAAAACGCUCCAGAAAAGGCAAAUUGAAGAAUGAAGAAGCACCUCAGAGGGAACAGCCCUCAAAUGAAGCCCAGUGGAAGGAGCUUACUCAGUAUUUUGGAGUUAAUGAUAGGUUUGACCCUCCAGUUAAAAAGAAAAAAGUUGAGAAGUCAGGCCUCGAGAAGAAGAUUGACCAGGCUGUGGAUGAGUGGAACAUUGAGGAAGCUGAGGAACUCAGCAACCAGCUCGCUACUCGAGAGCUUGGUGUCAAAAUUGCCAAAGCAGUUGCCUGUCACAACUAUGUGAAAGCCAAGAAGGAGGCUGAAAAUUCACAGGUUGCUCGAAAAAAGAAGAAACUUGCAUGGGGGUUCGAAGCAAAGAAGAGAUGGGAAACCAAAAGCAACAUGGGAUACAUGUAGCUUGCCAGCAUUCCUCACAGCGUGGGCGUCAGUCCUGAAUUUCCACUCAAGUCUUCAGUUGCUCAGUUACUGGGAAGAUUGUCCUGCUGUGUUAACUAUGUCAGAAGUUGGUAGAAGUAGAAGGAAAUAAGCAUAAAAUGUGGGAGUUGAUUAUCAGAUCUUAUCCGUCUUUAUUUCUAAAGAGUUCAUCCUACUGAAGGGAAUGAAAUUGUACUUUCUGUUCUUUUCCCAAGAAAUCUAAGCAGGCAGACAAGGGGGAAAAGAUGAGAUUUUAUUUAUAUAUAUAUAUUGUCCUCCCUUAUAAAAUCAUUUUUACUUUUCAUCCAUGUGGUGUAGCAUAGCCAGUGAGUGCCUUGUACUUUCUUGUCUGUUCUUAGCUUAACUGUGCUUACUCUGGAAUUGUGUUUUUUAAGACUAGCAUUUGUUUAUAAUGGAUUAGUCAUAAGUGGAGAAAGUUUAAACCAAUACUAUCUUUUCAAAUGACUAAUAAUCUGAAUGUUAUCCGAGUAAUUACUGCUUCUUUAUUGGAGGCAGUAGAGUCAAUAUUCUCAGUCACAAAUUAAUGUAAUCGAUCAUUUUUGCCAUAAAGAAUAAAAUGCUAUAAGCAUGACUUGAAAGAUGACUUAAAUUAACUUACCUGGUUAUGCUUUCAUCAAUAUUUAUCUCACGUCACAUGUGGGUCUUAGAAGAGAGGACAGUGCGGUUGUAAUAGCUGAGGUGUAGCCAAAGGUCCUUUGAUCUUUCUAAGGACAGAGCCCUGACUUACUCUCUAAAAGAUCAGAUGAACGAAUAAGCACAGAGCGGGGACUUAUGCCAGAGGAGGUGGUUUUUAUUAGAUGAGCUCAUCAUAGUCUUAUCUAGAAGGAGCUGUAAGAGGUCAUAACUAGCAGAGAAACAGCACAGCUGAGUGUAUUAAUUGAGUGGACACCUUCCUCCUUGGUGCCCAGCCAAAGACUACUAAAGGACUACUCAUCCUGGCACGCUUUGCUCAGCUCCCUCCCUCAGCCUUCGUCUGAGGCCGUCGAACCAUCUGAUAGACACUUUCUCUAGGUUGCUAGCACGAAUUCAGGAUCCUAGAAAACAAGCCAUCCUUGUAAUUAAGCCAUUAGUUUUAGACUUCAAAUAGUAAUAAAAUUGUACUGAUUUAAAAUGAUGUACCUGGGCAUUUAGUAACUGCCUGCUGUAAAAGAGAAUUAAAACACACACACACA